UUAAAAUCAUCAUUUAAGAUGGCCUUACCGGUUGAAAUAGAAAAACAAAGGAUUCUCAAACCUUAUCUGGGUGGAUGGCGACAUAAAAUUACCGGAAUAGAAUACAUAAACGCAGCUUCUCAAACUGGACCUCUAUCGAAACAGAUAUCAUGGGAGAAUACAUACAGCAGAGCGGUGCAAUGUGUGCAAACCAAAGACGAAGCAACACAAUCUUUGCAUCAUUGUGCAACGCAAAUGUGGCGACACAACUGCUACAUACGUAACGAAGAGGAUACGUAUAUGAUUGUAAAGCCUUAUAAACGUUAUGUCGAAAUACAGUCCUAUUUAGAUAGAUAUGCAUGUGUGAUUCAGAAAAAUUAUCGAGCAUACAGGUUAAUGAAAUACAUCAAGGAAUGCGCGCAAGCUUAUCGUAACAUACUCGAAAAAUGUAAUAAAUACGAAGAAGAGAAAGUUAUCGCAUACAAAAUGCGACAUAAACAGAACAUUCUUCGCCAAAUUUAUCCACGAUCUAGAGCUGAUUUUGACAUGCUCUAUAGCCUAAUCCAAAAAUGGAGAUCUGAUUGUCUGAAAAACAUAAAAUCGCAAUUGUUCAAAAGCGGGCAGCGUGCCGAGAAUUACAGAAUUCUCGAAAAGACAGUGGAAAUGUUCAAUCAUAUCGAUAAACAUAAACAAGCUAUCAAAAGCUCGUAUAGAAAACAGCGAGCUCUGAAAUUUUUAACGCUGAAUUGCAAGCCGAUACAAUGGACCGGUUACAAGGGUAAAGUGGAGAUGAUUACUAUGAAAAUUCAAAAGGCUCGGGAGUUCAAAGGAUUCUAUAACGCAUUGAAUAACCGCAAUGUCAGUUCAGAGGAACGGAUCAAGUUAUUAAUAAUGUUAAAAAAGUUGCUCGAAUCACACAAUUGUAUCGAAGCUUUUGAUUUGAUUUCUUUAUUAGAUCAAGAGAUCGCAUUGCUGAAUCGAAGGAUCGAAGAUCUAUCACUCGAUUAUUUAAAUGAGAGAAUAAAACACACUUACUUAAAUUUUAUAAGUAUGUAUAGCAUAUGCGGAUGUGUCGAUGCAAAAUCUAAAGACAAUGAAUUACGAGAACCAUUAGAAACAAGAAUGAAAUUUUGUCGGAACUGCUUAAAAUUACUUCCUUGUCAUAGAUUUUUACCACAUACCAGAAUGAAAAAGCUAUCAGUUUGUAUUGGUUGCAGUUCUCUAGCUCGGCGUAAUAUUGCGCAUAUUGAUUACGAUUCUUAUAUGUUUAUAUUAAAUUGCGUACGAGCUGAAGAAAAGCGUCGGAACUCCACUUCUGUUUUAGCAUUUAUGAUGCAGGAACACGAUAUUUACCAUCUGGUUAAUCAUAUUUGGCAUGGUCGAUCAGCGGUCAGUAAGAUAAACGAUCUUUUUGUUCUGAGAUUGGUCAGAUAUCAAAAGGAUGUCGAGUGGGCGCCUUGGAAUUGCAUUCUUCUUACGGAGGAUGAAGCCGACGUACAUUAUCACAUUCACGAUCUCGCUACAAUAUAUUCGAAGCACUUGAUAAGCCAGAUCAAUUGGAAACAUCAGAUUGCAAAGAAUUAUUUUAAACAAUUGAUGUUUUUUGAAAAAGAUUUCCGAAAAUCUUGCCGCAUCUCUAAGAUACAAAAUGAAAUACAAUAUAAACCACCGUUAACUGUAGAGAACUAUGAUCCAUCUAAAAAAUACAUACAAUGAUAAAAGAUUGCGUGAUAUGAUGUUUGUAAGAACAAUCACCAAUUAAAAAAUUAAAAAUUAAAUCGCUGUAUAAUGAAUUUCUUGAUUAUUUUAGCUUUGAUGCAUCGAAUAAUUAUUAUUGUAUA